AUGAGGUUCAGCAAGAAAAGGAAGCUGAGUCCGAGGUACAUUGGCCCUUACCUGAUUCUUCGCCGAAUAGGCAAAGUGGCGUAUGAACUAAACUUACCAGCGGAUAUAGAAGACAUACAUCCAGUCUUCCACGUGUCAAUGCUUCAUAAAUGUGUGGGUGAUCCAUCUCGGGUACAUCCCGUAGACGAUAUCCAGGUCACAGAGGAGUUAGCCUAUGAAGAGAAACCUAUCACCAUUCUGGAUCGGCAAAUCAGAAGACUGCGGACUAAGGACGUAGCUUCUGUCAAGGUAUUGUGGCGAAACAGGAAUCGUGAAGAGAUGACCUGGGAAGCUGAAGAGGACGUGAAAAACAAAUAUCCGUACCUGUUCUCGAUAUCUACAGGUAACGCUGAUUCUUGA